AUGGACUUGCUGCCUCCACUGCCGUCCGAGGCUUAUGCGACGCGCCUUUUCAACAACCGCCCCAAGACGCUGCGCCACGACGAGCUGCUUGCAGUCGCAUACUACUACACCAACAAGGAGCUCGUUGACCGUGACAACGAGGACAGAGUGGCAAGCGGCAAGACAGCGCGCUCAAAAUCUUCUAACAUCAUUACGAAAUGGAUCACCGAAGCUGUCCAGCUCAGCGCUAUUGAGAACGAUAUCCUUCCUUCACUCAUGCGGCGACUCUUUGACAUUCGGCGGUACAACAUCCUCAAGCACAAGCAGGUCAGUGAUGACCAGAGUGUCCGCUCUCUGCACAGUCUCGUCGUCAGCGAUCAUCAUGCACCCAAGUUUGUCACCUUCAGCGACAACCCAACAUGGGACGACCUCAAGCCAUACCUGGGCAAGCAAUGGGGACGCGCGCCAGACUCUCUCUGGCCGGCGUUGCUCUCCAUAGUAGGCCCGGAAGGUCGUAACAUGGCCGAUCUCCGCAUGAUCAUGGAGAACAUGGAAAACCGGAACUCAGAAGAGUCUGCAUAUGGCCUGGUAGCUGACAUUCGUCGCCUUGGGCCACCACUCAAGAAAAUCCUUGAGAACCAUCAACGCAAGACGCAGAAAUGUAGGUGCGCCCUCGAGAUACUGAUGACACAUACUAACUUUGGCGCAGUGAAGCUAUACGCUGAGGCAGAAGUUAGAAAGAUCAAGGACGAAGAUCUUUCAGUCGCCAAGAAGGGCAUCAAGAAGGCUCCUCGCAAGAAAGUUUCCUCCGAGCCGACUGCGCUGCCCAAGCAGGAGACGCCGAAGAAGGCGACUUCAUCAAGGGUCAAAUCCGAGAAGGCUGAGUCCUCUAAAGCAGGACUAUCACGUCCACUGAGAACGCCGCAGUCAAAGCGUGUCACUCGUCAGAAUCCUCAGCCAGCUCCAGAAGCUUCUCCCUCGCCCGAGCAAUCGCCAGCGCCUUCCGCUGUUUGGAACACCGACGGCGAUGUGGAGACGGAGAUCGAAGUCACCACCACUACGGCACCAGCACUUCCUCCUCCAUCUUCUUCUACUUCGACCCCUGAGCCUUCCGCCGAGAAAUCCGUCACCGAGCCCUCCCUGUCUGCACCAGCUGCACUGCCCGCCUUUGAGACCUUGACGCCCACGCCUGUCUCCGCGCCACUAUCAGCAACCCAUUACAUUCAAAAGGGACUGAUUGUAUGGUCCGCCUGGCUUGGAGCGUCCCUUGCUGCAGCUCUCGACCAGAACCUGGAGGACAAGAUCAUAUUUGGCCAUUUCAUCACCAAAAACCAGGCCACGAUCUACAAUCUCCAGAGUUGCGAACACCACUUCUUCUGCUACAUGCUCGCCACCCUGAUCUCGUGGUGCGCGCUCCCAGUAGCGACUCGCAUGAGGCCGUUCCAGCAUCUGGAAGCCGCGGCUGUCCUCUUCCUCAAUACUCUAACAGCCAACCCCAACAUGACCUUCAUCCCCUUCGACAACGGCAUUUUCAGGUCGCAUGAUGAAGGCGCUAAAGCCUGGUACCUUCUGCUCUUCGGAUUGGCCGCCAAAUAUACAAUUGAUCCUCUCGGUCCCUUCACACUCCCGACAAUUGUCGCCCACUUCGGUAAUACCAUGGAGAAGCGUGGCUUGAACCACUGCUUGGAACACUGCGAGAAGACAGGCUGUCUCCCACGCUACAUCGACCCGAGCACUGAGCGCUACAUCAGCCUUGAAGCUCUCCGUCUCUGGCUCGAUCACAGUACGCCGAAACUCAGUCUCAUGGAGCACUUCCUAAUCACCACCCGAACCAAAGUCUUCUGUCCAUACCCUCUCCAAAAAUCCACCUCCUUCUCCCUCUCCGACCGCUCCAUAAAAUCCCUCGCCGAAGCAACCUCCAAACUAUCCUCCACCCUCAAACUCCUCUCCAACCGCUCCCCGGGUCCUCCUAGGUCCACCUCCAUCGCCAAAUCUCUCGCCCAGGAGCUCGGAAAAGAAACCUUCGAUCCAUCCUACCUCUGCCCGUAUUUCGGAUUUUUUGAAGGCGAGUUCCCGGACGAUGAGGCGUUGAAGAAACUUGGAGCUUUCAAAUUACCAAAAGAGAUGAGUUGGCGGGAGGCUGGGAAGAGAAUUGGGGAGGGGAUUCGUGGGUGGUUGGAGGGCUGGGAGGAUGAGAAGAGGGGUGUUUGGGAGUAUGUUUUGGGGGAGAUGGAGUAG